AUGGGGAGUGGAAUGAGCAAGAUUGUCAAAGGCCUUUACCUGGGGAACAUCCGUGACUCUGAGGAUCAGGAAAACCUGCUGAGGAACGGGGUGACACACAUCCUCUCCAUCCACAACCGUGCCAGGCCAGUACUGGAGGACAUGACCUAUCUCUGUAUCUCAGCCUCAGAUUCAUCCAGUCAAAACCUGCUGCAGCAUUUUAAGGAGUGCAUCAGGUUCAUCCACGAGUGCCGUCUGAGCGGGGGAGGCUGCCUGGUCCAUUGCCUGGCUGGGGUCUCCCGCAGCACCACCAUCCUGGUGGCUUAUCUCAUGACAGUGACAGAGCUGGGCUGGGAAGGCUGCCUGGCUGCCACCAAGGCCCUCAGGCCCUAUGUCAGCCCCAACACUGGCUUCCAGCAGCAGCUGCAGGACUACCAGCUGACCUUGCUGCAGGAGUACCGCGCCUGGAUCCGCCGUGACUAUGGCAGGAACCCAUUCAAGGACCAGGAGGAGCUGCAGUGCUUGCUGGCCCAGCAGGAGCAGAGGCAGAAGGAGCAGCAGCUGGGCAGCAGGGAUUGCUCCUGGCUCCAUCCUCCAGCUCCCACCUACCCGCUCCCGUCCCACGCAGGUGGCAGCAGCAGCAGAUGGAUGAGCGGAUAAGCAGCCGGCUGCUCGCAGGCAGACGCUGGCCCUGGGGCUUGGAGAAAACAAUCCUUCCCUUUGCCAGGUGCCCACGGGGGUUGGUGUCUGGGACAGCAAGCAGCCAGUGCUGGCAUCAGCUCCAGGCUCGAGGGCUGGAGUGGGGGAGUCAGGACUCACAGGUCAUCCCUCUGGCUGCUGGCUCCCUGUACACGUCUGGGCAAGCCGGGUAGUUGAUGAUAGUGUCACUGCACAAUGGAUUGUGGCCACUUUUCCAUCACCCAGAGCAGCAGCAAGCCCCAGCCCUCUCUCCAGGAGCCUGGUACACAGGCACUCCUCCAGCAGAGCACAGAGAUGCCAACACAGACCUUGGAAUGCCAGGGUGGGAUGAAAUGGGGAGAGGCCACGUUGUCUUCUGCUUUGUUGUGAAGCUGGGGCAGAUGUAGCCUGCAAGGCUGCUCCAAGGAGAGGGAUGGAUCCUGGGUUGUGGGUGUGCUGCUGAGCCCCAGCUCACACCCUGGGGGACAGGGAGAGCAGCCAGAGGCUGAGCUGCUCAUGGGGCUGCAGAUGCCCCUCCCUGUCUUUGGACUUCCCUGGGCAGCUGGUCCUUGGCUGAUGUCUGUGGCAUUUUUCUUAACCCACUCCCCCUGGGGAGGGGGGAAAUCCAGCAAUGCCAGAGACUGCCCAUCCCCACUGCCUCCAUUCCCAGAGCCAGAGUGGUUUUGGGUUUCUUCUGAUGCCCAAUCUGAGCAUCCCUGGUUGCAAAAGAAGCCAAUUGUUUGAUUGGACUCAGCUGACCCACACACCAAUUUAAUGCUGCUCCUCUCCUACAGCCUUUUUCACACUGAGGAUUGCAUGUGUCCCUUUUUUCAUCUCAGACUCAUAGACCAUGUUUCCAAAGGUGGGGCUCACUUCCUUCCUUUGCCAGGACCCCCCCCAUCCAUCCUACAGGGAGGGUCUCAACCCAUCAACACAGCUCUGGGAUAUUUACACCUUCAACUCUUUCAGCUUGGCUUUUUUACUGCAAAUACCUUGCCAGCCUUCUCGACAAUAUCUCUUCUGCAAUCUAUUCCAAAGGGAAAAAAAACCAUCAACAAGGCAUUGAAAUUACUUCUAGGAAUUCCCUUAAUGGAGAUUUCUGGGUAAUCCAAGUGGGAGUGACUCACCCAACUCCUAAUAAAGAGCAGAGUGAUUGAAACCAUGAGGAUGGUUAGUCUUGAUUGCUGGUAUUCCUGGUGGGAAUGGAAGGAUGGACUGACAUGACCACUCCAUUCCUGUGUCCUGUUUCCUGUUUUCUUGAUGAGAACCACCAUCAAAAAGAAGAGUUUUAAAGACUCAAUGUUAAAGAAGACAUAUGGGAGCUUUUCCUUGUCUUUUUUAGCCUGAAAAAGGGUCCUUUUGGCUGUUAUUCUCCGCGGAGGUGUGCUGUGGUUCAUGCACAGGGAAAGGAUGUGAUCAAGGACCCCAAAUGCUGCUGAUGGAGUGGACUUGAGGGAAGCUGAGCAAACUGGGUUGAUAUGGGGUUUGAUGCCUCCAUUUAUCAUUUUAGGAAGGAGAAAAAUGGAACUUGCACACAGGAAAAAAAGAGAAGAAAGUUGGUUUCUGGAGUGACUGGGAAGUCAUCAGAGGUGUUGCCUGGGGGGAUUGUGGUGGCUCCUUGGGAGGUUUCCAAACCCCUCUGGAUGUGUUCCUGUGCCCCCUGAUCAAAGGGAACCUGCUUUAGCAGGGAGUUGGGCUGGAUGAGCUCUGGAGGGUCCUUCCAACCCCCACUAUCCUGGGAUUCUGUGAGAUGGGAUGAACAAUGAUCAGGUGUGCAGUAGGUGUGACAAGCUCUGUGGAGCACUGCUGGCCCAUCACCUACACCAGCUGGGAUGGUCAUGUCCCUUCCCA